AUGGAUCCUCUAUCCAUUUCGGGCUCUGUCGCAGGCCUAGUGGCAAUUGCUGGCGCUGCUUUCGCACGAGUAGCGACGUAUAUAAAAGAUGUUAAAGACGCGCCUAAAGAGGCCGAACGUCUGUUGGAGGAGAUGAAGCAGUUUUCUGUCCUUCUUCAUCACUUGUCCUUGGUCGCCCGUGAGCUCGAGAUUACCUUAAAGGCUGGCGAGGAGGCAGUACAAGAUUCGCCAAACCUGCAACUGCAUCACCUCCACAGCUGCCAAACGAUUUUGAAUCGUAUUGAGAUUGGUCUUCAACGGGCAAGAGAUGACCUAAAGUCCUCUUCUACUUUGACAAAACUUCGAAGCCGUCUUAAGUGGCCAUUUUCGUUAGAUCAUACGAAUGGGAUGGUUCAAACGAUCCAGCACCAUAAGCAGACGAUCAACGUGGCGUUGAGUGCGAGCUCUUAUAGUCGCUUGGCAAUGUGCCUGUCUCGUCAGGAAGUAGCAGAUAAACUCCAAGAAGAAACAAAAAAAUAUUUGAUCAGUGUCGAAAAUACUGUGCAGGAAAUCCUGGAGAUCAAUACUAAAGUCUUCCUGGACGAAAGGCGCAGAGAAGUACUGAGCUAUUUCACCAAAUUCGUCAAUCCUUCGCAUGACUUCGAAAUGGUACAAGGUCUGCGCCAUCCCUCGACAGGCUUGUGGUUUACUGAGUUAGACGAAUUUAAAGCAUGGAGAGUGACACCGAGCUCAAAGCUAUGGGUCACUGGCAUCCCCGGGGCCGGCAAAUCAGUUCUCGCAGGCUUGAUUCUCUAUGAGUGCCUGAAGCUGAGCUCAGCAGACGACAGAAAAGCCACGAUAUAUUUCUUCUGUACCUAUAGUGACAAAUCCACGCAUUCAGCAAGGAACCUAAUAUCGUCGCUCGCUGCACAGCUAGCCUGUCAGAAUGAGGAAGCAUUCCAGAUCUUGGAGGAGUACCAAAAGGAGCUAGUUUCCCAGAAGCCCUUAACCUUGGAACCUUCUGUACAGAAGCUCUUAACGAUUUUCGAAUAUAUGUGUGGAAUGUUUGAUCAGAUUUUUGUCGUUGUUGACGGUCUCGAUGAAUGUGAGGGAGAUGAGGUUAUUUUGAGUCUAUUGCAGCUGUCAUCGAAAAUGAACAGUGCUUCAAUCACGACGCUACUGCUUAGCCGAGAUGUGGUUGGUAUUCGCGAUCGACUUGAAUCACGUUUUGUCCACAUUGAGAUCGCGGCGCAUACGGAAGAUUUACAACUUUACGUUUCCGCCGAACUAGAGAAGCGCAUCGAGUUGAAGCAGUUCAGAAUACGGAAUCUCAAAUUGAAGGCCGAUAUUAUAGACAAACUUGUGCACGAUGCCAAGGGGAUGUUUAGAUGGGCGGCUUGUCAACUAGACUAUCUUGGCGAGCUGCCAACCGAUCGAGAGAAGCGGGACGCCUUGUCCAAACUUCCACCAACGCUACCAGCUACCUAUGAGCGCAUUCUUUUGAAGGUCGAGCAGUCCGGUCCAGAAGUGCGUAGGCUGGUCCACAAGACUCUGCUAUUGAUUCGCGCCUCUUUUACCAAUGUGAAUAUCUUAAUUGAAGCCGUCUCAAUCCGAGAGGACUCAAAUGUUCUCACUAAGGAAGACAUGGUGGACGAGUACGAGAUCAUGUUGAGGUGUGGCAGCCUCAUUAGGAAGUCAGCCAACGGUGCACAUCUCGAAUUCUCCCACUUUACUGUGCUGGAAUUCCUUGAGAGUAUUGAUCCCGCGCAUCCAAUUCUAGGCUUUUACCGUGUCUCAAUGAGUACGGCUUAUAAUCUUUUGGCUCAAGUUUGCUUGCGAUACUUAAUGCUGGAAGAAUUCAACAGAAAACCUAGAGGAGAAAAGGGAUAUCUCCAUCAUAUUCUGCAGCGACGUCAAACAAGACCGUUCUACGGACAUUGCGCGAACCGCUGGUUCCGGCUCAUGUACCAACUGGAAGAUGGAGAUUGUAGCAAAGCCGAUGCUACAACAACGGGGCUUAUCCAGGCGCUUUUCCAGAGUCCAAAAACAUCUCAAUUUUGCCAGUGGGUUGUUCAAUUUGUGUACUCCUGGACUUCCGCAAAUAUUAGAUUAGAAGCUGGUAGAUUUAGGGUUUUAGAUGGCGACAAGUCAUUUCACACCCAUGAAAUGAAAACUGGCCCAGCAGACAUAGACACGUUCAUCAAACUAGUGGAUGCCGUUACCCGACCAGAUUUUACUCCUUUACAUAUGGCAUCACUGCUCGGCUUGCCGAGCCUAUGUGGUCACCUAUUGAGACACGGAGCUAGAGUGAACCUCUCAAGCCGCUUCGGUACUCCUCUACACUGCGCUCUGGGCGGGAUUGUCGUUUUCCUCCACGACAAGCGUCUGGUCAACCACAGAAUUAUGACGAAUUUUGUACCGUACAAUAAGUCGCCGCUUGCACAGGGCCAAACUGUUCGCCUUCUCCUUGCCGCCGGGGCAAGUGCGACCCCACACCUCUCAACACCUUUUCAACAGAGAACGCUCAUGGGGACAAUGCACCUGUCGCCAAAUCACUCUAAGACCUUUGCAUUAUUUCCUGACCUCAUACGAGCUGGAUUGGUUGUUAAUGAAGAAGAUUGGGACGACAUGGAAACUGUGUUAAUGGAAUACGAAUAUCUGAAUCAUUCACAUGAUGGGUAUGAUACACUGGUGCAGUUACUGAGAGAUCUCAAAUUCGCCAACGACAACACUAGCGAUAUUUCUAAACGACUUUAUUCUACUAUAUACCGAAAACUCAAGGGUAAUACCAGGUACUGGGAUCUGGAUGAGCUGUUGUCUGAUGAUCGUAAGAUACGGAACGAUCUACAGUCAAUAGUUGCAUCCAAUGACGUUUUUUCUUUGGAAAAGCUGUUAGAAGACAAUCAACACGAGGUUAUAAAGAACACCAGGUUUAAAGUUGGGGAUCAACAGCUCACAGCAGUUCACCUAGCUUGCCUUCUCAGCUCUCUAGAUGUUCUCGGUCUACUGUUGAAGAUUGGAGUCGACCCUGAAGUUGCGACAAACCAAGGCAUAAAACCAAUAAAUAUAAUUAAUGGUUCAAGAAACCGAAGUAGAGACAUCCUUAAAAUUCUCUUACUACACCAUGUUUCUACAGCGGCAGUCUGCAGCAGUCAUCCAGAUACUAUUUGGCAUCAGGCAGUCAAAGACGAAGACAUACAGGCACUGGAGCUGCUUAUCAGCUUAGCACCAGACAAGAACGAGGCAUUACAAGUUGUCUCUGAUUAUUCAGGUAAAACCGCGAUGUGCAUUGCCCUUGAGAAACGAAACGAGAAAGUCCUAACGCUUCUCUUGGAGCACUGCCCUACAGCAUCAUUCUGGAAAAGUGACGAGCCUCUCUACCGACAAGCAGCACGGCUGGGUUCUUUAGAAGUCAUGAACAAGCUUCUGGAUAUGGGAAUUGAGCUCGACGAAUUUGAUGAUGAGUUGGGUAGCCCACUCCAUUACAUUUCCCCGAUGGCAUCAGUGCCAUGUGUAGAAUUGCUAGUGGCAACAUUCCCACAUUGCUACAGGCCUCGUAAAGACCGGUUAACACCUUUCAGUUCAUUUAUUGCCAUAUUCUCUCAACAGUUUGUAAAGGAAGACAUUGAAAUACAACCACAAAUCUUGCACGCACUGUUACCAACGUCCGAACCAUGGCAAUACGAAGCAGCUGUCUAUGCAAUGGCGCAUAUCUGGCCACACUUCUCUGGGUUGAUCGGUGUGUACGUCAAUCAGGAGAGUGCAAAAUUCCGGUGGGCCAAUCAAGUUCUCACCUUUUUCUUCGAUACUGGUCUUCUGAAUUCCCUAGAUGUCCUCCACCAUUCUGUCUGUGAUGGCUGUGAUAAAGACAUUCGAGAAGUUCGUCACAAAUGCAUCAACUGUCUCGAUUGGGAUUACUGCUCAGACUGUGUGAAGCAUGCAAAUUUCAACCAUCCUAAUCAUCAGUUUGUCGCUAUCUACGAACCGUUAACUAAUCAAACUUUCCUCACUUCUUUGCCUGCUACCUACCGUGGUUUUAGCUGUGAUGGUUCGCUCUGCAAGAGUCGGGAAGGCGAAUGCCAUUGCUCUCGCGCUGCUACGCAGCCACGAAACAUACCGGCCUCUCUAAAAGACAAGAUCACUACCGCUCCCGUACCAGUCGCCCAAUCUACCGACCAGAAAGAGGAUAAAAUCUCAGCACUAGUUUUGUUCGUAACCGCACUCUAUGAAUCAGCUUCUGCCUGGCCUUCAAGGUCGGCCAUGCGCCAAGACCGACUCCACACGCUUAAUAGGGGGAAAUGGAGGCCCCUGAAGCACUGGAACUUCCUUUCUUCGAUGCUACUCAAGAUAACAUCUCAAACAGAAUUUGGGGAUAAUGCUGCCAAAUCUGAUUCUAUCACUUGGCUUCUAUCCGAGGCAAUACUCCAUGACGACCGUGAUUUAAUGAAGAGGCUGCUGGAGAAUGGCGCCGAUGUUCAUCGACCAGUAGACUCAAUGUCAGCCCUGGAGAUAGCGUGCAUACCAAAAGUAGCGAUCUCCGAUGAUACUUUGAGAUGCUUGCUCUCAUAUGUAAACGCGAAUAGACUUAAUGAACGGUGUGAUGGGCUUCGUGGUAUGCCUAUCAUCUACUUCUUGGGGUGGAGAGAUUACUAUCGCAAGAAACGUUCUGCCCAGAAGCUACGACUGAUCCUUGAGGCGGGUGCUGACGCCGGAGUUGCUCCCUUCUUCGGCUCAGCGCUAGCAUUUCACCUUGCUGGGGGAUUUUUCACAACAGCAAAAGUUUUGCUGGAGUUUGGAGUAGAUCCGUGGGUCACCAAUGAGAGGGGGUUCAACGCUGCCCUAUUUGCAGUUUCGCGGAACAAACUGGAGUUCUUGAAACUAAUCGCGAAGCACUCAACAUCACACCAGCUCGCUGCCAAAUGGAAUCAGACCUGGAGAAGCCCUCGCAGACACCCUAGUCGUACUUUUCCUGGUCGUCCUAGUAUUUCAGGAGCUAAUGUGUUCCAUCUCGCAGCGGAUUUAGGUCAUGUAGACUGUAUGAAGCUGUUUCUUCAUGAAAAAUGGUUUGAAGAUCUCGAAUCAGUCGACAAAAACCUUCAGACUCCUAUGCAUUAUGCAGCUCAACGCGGGCAGCUGUUGGUUAUUCGUUUCCUUUAUCAACAUGGUUGCGAUAUCGACCGAACUACGCGAGAUGGAAAAUCGCCGUUGCAUCUGGCAGUUGAAGGCCAGCACACGGAUGUCGUGGAAGAACUCCUUAAUCUAGGUGCUAAGAUGAAGACGGACGUACAUGGGCUUUCCCCCCUCGUUUACGCAUAUAAAACCGGGAACAAUCAGCUUAUAAGGAUUUUUCGGGAUUUAAACAACGAGAACGAAAGUAUGAUCUAUCAACUAGAUGAAAAAGAUAGCGCACAUAUGACCGAGGCAUUCUAUAUGGCGUUAAGCCAAGGGGAUUUGAAUGCUUGUGAAAGACUGCUCACGCGAGGAUGGCCUAUUGAUUCAGAGAUAUGCAAACCUCAGCCCGUCACCGCCCUGAUGCUUGCAAUCAGUAAGAAGAUGUCUUCUCGAGCCGUGGAAUGGCUCCUCGAGAAAGGGGCAAAGGUUUCAAUUGUCUUCGAAGGGCCCAACAUGCCGGAAUAUGCUACUGCCCUGGAGGCGGCCAUAGCCGAUGACGAUUACAAUCCCAUAUUGUUCACGCUCAUAGAACAUUACUUGAAUGAGGGUGGCAAUUUCAACAGUCAAAAACAGACGCCUUUGCAUGUAGCUGUUAAGAGAGAGAAUUUAGGGGGACUUGAAAUUCUUUCUCGUUUUCUGCAUAAAUUGCCCAACGUUCUGGAAAUUAUAAAUCAGAGGAGCAGCCUAUGGAAGGGCAUGACGGCCUUACAUAUGUCUGCGCACCUAGACAGUCUCGAUGCUGCGACACUUCUCAUCGAAAAUGGGGCAAACAUCGAGCUCACAGCCCUCGAAGGUCGUACACCCUUGCAUUAUGCGGCGGAAAGUGGCUCGAUCAAUGUGCUCAAGCUGCUCAUAAAGUACCGAGCUUGCAUCGAGCCACUGGCUUUACGUGAAUUACGCACGCCUCUCAUGCUUGCAUGCGCGAAAGGCCACGUUCAAACAGCCAAACAUUUAUUACGGUUUCAGCAAAAUAUUACUGGAGAUUCGCUUGGGAGAAAUCUGGUCGCUAUAACUGUAGGAGAGGGGGCUGGUGAAACUUCCCAGGUGCAACUAUGCUCUUUUCUGUUUCGCAGAGCUUUUGACGUCCACCACCUCGACAAAAGUGGUGAAUGCGCUCUACUAAACAUAAUGAAAUCCUCUACGCAUCGGAUUUUGCGACAUAUCCUCACGGAAUAUCCUUUAUCUCUGCGCAUCCAAGAUCUCCAUUGGCCUUCCCAUUGGGUUCGGGGUAUAUUGAGUUUCGAUCGAGAUUCUCUUUCCCACGUCGCCAAGGCAUAUCGCCUAAUCCAUCGAUAUCUUGGGCGAGGAGGAUUAAUAAAGGUGUCAGACUCAGUUGCCAUGGGGGAAUAUAGCUUACUGUACUUAGCUCUAUCUACAGGGCAUGUUGCGGCCGUCGAUGAUUUGCUCUCAAUCGGUAUUGAUAUUGACGCCGAAUUUUGUGAUGAAGGCACUGUAUUAACUGUCGCAUCGGUUCACGGACAGCUUGAUGCAGUCAAAUACCUGGUACGACGAGGAGCAAGGCCUUUUUACCAGCAUCGCGGUUCUCAAGUCAGCAGAUUCGCAUCUACAGCUACUCGUGGAAAGGAGGAAGUGCUUGAAUGGCUACUCGUUAAUCGCUACACUGAGCAGGCGAAGAUUACGAACACCAACUUCAGUCUGGAUGGGGAAGACAAACAAGUCAAAGAAUGGAGAGGACUUACACAAAUCAAGUUGCCAUUGAAGUGGGAGUGGAAAAGACGAAGGGCCGAGACUAUGCUCGAGUAUGCUAACCGAUUCCAGAAGAUUUUAAAGUCACUUCAUGGAGAGAUUAUGAACAUCACUAGUGAAGACAUAAGCCAAACGGAGAAUGGAGAAUCGGCCGACGACGACGGGUCGAGUGAUGAGGGCGGGUUAAGUGAUGGCGAUGAAUCGAGCGUCGAGGAUGAAUCAAGCGAUGAAAGCGAGUCGAGUGAUAGUGACUAG